UCCAUUUCCUCCCCUCUCUCCCUCACACUCUUUAUUUGUUCGGUUCUUCCCUCGCACUAUCUCUUUCACUUCACCACCUUUGCACGGUUACACUUUUUUUUUUCUGUUGUUUGUUUCACCGUGGAGGGGAUGGAAACAGAUAAGCGGUCGUCUUCUUCGUCUGCGUGGGAGGAGCACUGUGCGGAUCACCUCGUUAAGACGGAAAUUGAAGCGGCAGAGACUCUCGCCGACUUGGCGCACCUCGCCAUGCGCGAGACCACCGGCUCUCGUUUCCCUGACGCACCACACUUCAUGCGCCACUCGCACUUGGAUCUCUCCCGCUCUGCCCCUCCCUCCGGGGGAGAAGCUAUUGCACGCCAGCAGCUAGAUGAACGAUCAGUUGCUUGUAAUUCUGAACAAAGAGAAGGGAGGCAGGAUGACUGUGCAAGACAUAUGAAGAUGGAGCAGGAUGCUGAUUCACUGAAGACUACUAGUUACUCUGCGGUUCGCUGCAGCAAGUCAAGGCGUAAUUUAACUGAGGAAGAAAAAGAAGCACGGAGGAUUCGCAGAAUAUUGGCAAAUAGAGAGUCAGCUAGGCAGACAAUCCGUCGUAGACAGGCUCUGUGCGAAGAUUUAACCAGAAAAGCUUCCAAUUUAGUGUUGGAGAACGAAAACCUGAAGAAGGAGAAGGAAAUGGCUUUGAAAGAGUAUCAGUCUUUGGAGACUACAAAUAAGCAUUUAAAGGCACAAAUAGCCAAGACAAUAAACAGUGAGGUAGACAAAGCUCCUGUUGAACAGGAAUCAUCUAUGGCCGAGGUAACAAAUUUAUCUGGUAAUGCCCCAUGGUUCGUUUGUAACCAUUUUCCAGUUACACAAUUAUUUUGGCCUCCCAUCAUUCAGUCUUCUAAUCCAGUUCAAGUACAACAUCAACCAUUUAGUUCCAUUCCCGUUCCGCCUACUGUUUCUCUGCCGUGCUCUUCUGAGACCGGCUCAUUUCACAAGCAAAAUAGCCUUGCAAAUGACAAUAGGACACAAAAUCCAUUAUACAUGGUACCAUGUCCCUGGUUAUUCCCUCUUCCAGAUUUUGGAAAUGGACAACCAGCCCCACCUUCCAUUGGCCUAAUUGAUAAACGAGAUGAACUUUCUCUAGGUAAACAGUGUAGUUCUUCUUUGUCUUUGAAUACAGCGGCAACUGUGGAUUAUCAACCAGAUCUACCAAUGAAAGCUAAAACUGUAGCUUCUGGGUGGACAGAGGCCAGAUCAACUCAUGAUGCUGGCCACACAACUAUAAUGUUUCCAUUGAAUGGAGCUGAGCAGAAAACUGGAAGUCACAUUAUAGGGAACUUCCAUGGACCUUCACUUGAUCAUAAUGGGCAUGUAUCUGCUGUCAAGCAAGAGCAAGAACAAGAACACGACCUCGAGCUUCAACUACAUUCUGUUCCUAAGUUAUCUCUGUCUUCAACAACAUCUCACACUGCAACUUCUCCGCAGGAAAAGCAACAAACAAAAGUCUUAUGCUCAGGUAAAAAUGUAGUGGAUGCUGUUGCUGCGGCAGAGGCAAGAAAGAGGAGAAAAGAACUAACUAGGUUUAAGAGCAUCCAUAACCGACAGUCCGGAAUGCAUUGUUGACUUCUCAAUAUAAUCUUAUGGAUCAAAUGUGCACCAUUACUAGCUUUCACAGUUCGCACCUGCUUAUGACCUGAUGGAAAAAUUAAGGCGAGUACAUGUUAACUAUAUCCGUUGACCGUUGAGGGACCAGAAUGAAGACCAAAACAUAUAUAGCACUUUGGUAGAGUUUAAGCCUUUUUUUUGUAUGGGUUUUUUACACGCUUUCCUUCUCUGUUAUCAAAUUCCUUACUGGGAGGAUUAUCCUCCCAAGGGAAGAGAAAAAGUGGGAUCGUUGGUUUUGUGAAGUAGCGAAACCAGCUGAGUUGUUUUAUUGGUAGUCGAUUAGAUAUUAUCAUCCGGAUUCUCGAACUUUACUAUGUUUAAGGCUUUGAGCAGUUAAUCCUAUUUAUUGCA